GGGCGCAUGGAGGAGCCGCGCUGAGCGCCGCGGAACCGGAGCGCCCGCCGGGCGGGGGGAACCCCCUCCAGCGCGGGCCCCGCGCUCAGUCUUCAUCGUCAUCAAAUACAACUCCUUUCAUUCUCCUCUUCCAUUCACCUACCCAAAGACCAAAUCUGGAAAUAGUAACCAAAAGAGAAGCCCACGUCACACACAGAGCAGGGAAAGGUUGAAAUAAUUGAAGGGUUGGCCAGAUGCAGUGGGGCAUGGAGUGAACAGAAAGAGGUUAAAUUGAUGGAUGACCAACAAGAGCAGGAUUGUGCCUCAGAAGACCAAGAAACUAUCCUGAUUAAUGGGGUGAAAGAAAAUGAGUCACACGCCCUGGGCGGCGAUGAGAGGCCUUGCAGCGCUGCCGAGGCCGCGGUGCCGUUCCCAGCCCUGACCGCGGCGCCGAGGGAAAGCCACGCGUGCCACCGAGCCCCGCCGGCCAAGAAGCCCUGCCUGCUGAGCCCCCCGUCGCCGCUGCGGCUCACGGAUGUCCCCGAGCACGCCUCGGAUGACUCCUCCGCCCACGCCAUCUCCCUCACGUCCUGCGUGACCAAGGGCAUGAGCUCCUGGUCGCUGCCGGGCGACUGCGAGAAGGCUCCGUUCACCAUGAUGGAGCCCGGAGGAAUGUCGGCGCUGACGGGAGACUGCCUGAUGCAGCCGAGCCGGACCUGUCUGGGCUGCUUUAUUGAAUCCAAGGACGGCAUUGAUGCAGAACCGGGAAUAAGCUUGAAAGUGGGGGAUAUAAAUAGGGAUUAUGACACCUGUUCAGUCUCUGAUAUAGGGAUUCACUGCAUGAGCACAGGAGAAACCAUGAGAUAUGGGGAUCAACUGCUUUCAGACCAGCUUUUAAGCUUCCCUAUGCAUAAAUCGAGGGCAGCGGACAAAAGAGAUGCAGAAAAAUCUGACAGUGAUUCAGAGGACCCCACUCAGAAAAAUUAUUACGAGGGAUUACUAUUAGACAAAUGCAAUGGUGAGGAACCUUUACUAACAAAUCCCAACCAGGAAUGGGGCUAUUUUGAAUCUUUCAUUAGUGAAAGUAAAAUUGAGCUGCUUGACCUCUGCUCCAAAAAUGAGCUUUCUGUGAAUCUGUUUUCUGAGGAAGACGUGGAUAAUUACAUGUUCGACGAUGAUGAUUCCACCUUGGGAAGUGAUGUCUGCUCCCUAAAGAUUAGAUACGAAUCUUUCCAGGACAACGUGCGGGAGAAGACCACCACCCUACAGGAGGAUGCCCAGUUCAACUUCUUUCCCAGCGUGUUCAGCAACUGCACCAAAAGGGACAGCAGGAGCACCCUGAAAAGGGGGCCCAGCGGUGCCACUGACCCCUCUCAAUUCAAAUCUGAGGAAGGCAUCAUCUGGGGGGAGGAGGAGGAGGAUGGCGAGGAAGAGGAUGGUGAGGAGGAGGAGAAAGCUGCCUUAAAUAAAUCUUGCAACAGCACAGAGAUGGUGCAGUACGUGGGCUCCAAGAGGAGCCACUUCUUGGACUCGGUGAAUUCCACGGAGGACUCCGGGGAGUUCAGUGAUGACAGCACUUGCACGGAGUCCUCCUAUGACGUGCUGCGGGACAUCAAGGACUGCAGCCGGUACCUGGCCCGGGACCACUCUGGCUCCUUCAUCCAGCAGAACUACGGGUUGCGGGCAAAGAGGAAAGUGCGGUACAGCGACGACUACCUGUAUGAUGUGGACUCCAUUGAGAACGAGAAGAUCCUGGACAAGAAGGAGUGGCUCCCGGACGGGCCCAAGGAGGAGGACGAUGACGAGUGGUGCCCCAAGAAACGGCGAAAAGUCUCUCGCAAAGAGCCCCCCGUGAUCAUCAAGUACAUCAUCAUUAACAGGUUUAAAGGGGAGAAGCAUAUGCUGGUGAAGCUCAGCAAAGUGGAUGCCAAUGAGACAACUGUUACUCUGAACGAGGAGCUGCUCAGCAAAUACAAGAAGCUGGCCCCACUGAAGGGCUUCUGGCAGGAGAGGCAGCAGAGCCGGCUGGAUUUGCUCAGAUCGUCUCUCUACCACAAGCAGAAUUUCUAUCUUAACGGCUCAGAUGCUUCGUUCCUCCCUCACCCACGGAAGCGAAAAUGCAAGCUAGCAAACAGGCACCGGAUUCAAAGAAUUAAAGCCAUCGAGCAGUCAGUGAACAAGCUGGGCUCUUGCUCCUCUGAUCACAAGCAGCCUUGCAGCAGUAAGGAGGACGUGGGCCUGAAAGGGCUGCCGGCGUUAGCCAUCGCCACCCCCAGCUGUGCCAACGGAUUACACGUCCACGACAUCACGGGCAUCGCCGCCGUGAAAUGCAAAUCGCAGGAACGGGAGCACAAGGGGACGGAAAGGAAAGUGCUCCGCAGGAUCAAAUUCAAAAGCGAGGCCAGGUUGAAGUGCAAGAAGAUCAAAGCUGCUACCAGUACAGUUGAGGACUCCCCAGCACUGGAAAACCAGGGCCCUGCAGCACGUCUGAAGGACGAAAAGAGUCCCUGUGCUUCAGACAGCUCCCAUCUCCCGGAGUGCCACGAGGAUAAGGUUGCUAAAAAUUCUCCUUUCCUACCAUCCACCUCCUCUUCAGACAAGCCUCUGCCAUCUGCUAAUAUCACCACCAAUGUACCCCUGAUCCCUGGAGGGUAUCUGCAGACGUUGUUAGAUGCUUCAGAUUUGUCGAGCAACACGGGUAUCCCAUACUUCGCCCAGCACCCCUCCGAGCAGCCGCAGCACCCGCUCCCCAGCAUCGUCCGGCCAGAGAAGCCCUUCCCGGCCCUGCAGCCGGCACAGAGCUGUGUGCUCUCCCCGCCCUCUGAGUCGGAGCUACAGCAGUCGCCCGGCCACUUGGAGAUGGAGCAGAGCAGCUUCGGCAGCCUGUGGCCGGCCAAGGCCGGCAGUGACCGCCAGGACUUCCCCGGCGACCUGCCGGAGGCAGCCGGGCUGCCGGGCGAGUUCGGCGGCGGCGGCACCCCAGGCACAGACGGGCUCCCUGCCUCUGGAUACACUCAAGUCAAUCUGAAUAGCGGCAAAUUGCUAUACCAAAAAAAUUACAUGCCGGAUAGCCAACAAGUGCAGUCUGAUGAUUCUUAUCAGUCAUGUCAUUUUAAUAAUGGAGAGGGGCGCUUUCAUUUCCAACGAGGUACACUAAGUACAGAUGAUGGCAGGCUCAUUAGUUUUGAUUCAGUGGGUUCAUUGUCAGUUAGUUCUAGUAAUUACAGUUCUUUAAGUUUAAAGUCUUGUGAAAAGGACGGCGAGGAUGAUAUUAAUGAUGAUUUCUUGGCCCACUGCAGUCCCAAGUUAGUGAUCCAGCAGAGCAUAGAUGAAAUCACCCCUUUGAAGGAGUCCACGGACCUUUUAGACAUUUCCAACUUCACGCCUGAUAGGUUCCGCCAGUCGUCACUUUCGGAGAUGUCCCCUCCAGACACUCCCAACCUGUCCCCACAGAUAGCUGGCUCCGAUGCCAAGCCUCUGGGCACCCUGAAGGGCUUUCAGGAGAGCCCCCAGGCUGCCCUCAACAGCUCCGAGAAGGUCAAGUGGAACUGUGGAGUCCUACAGACCGAGGAUCAGGCAGAUAAUGGGUUUGCUUUAAAUAAUCACCAGUUCCAGUUCCAUAUGUUCAACGAUGAAGAUUCUGUCAGCCUUCUCGAAAAGAGUCCAUGCUUGUCAACAUUUAAUGAGCCAUCUGGUCAAAUUAGCACCAAUAGCAAAGUGUCAAAAUCGAAGAGGAAAAGUUCAUCCAGCAAGAAUGUGGGUACAAACCAAAGCUCUUCCCAGAAAGCCACCCGAAAAAAAUCGCCCAAAACCAACAAAGGAACCGAUAAGCCGCAAGGAAAGAACUCCAGGCAGGCACCCAAAUCCACCAGGAAAGGGAAAAAUGCAGUGGGAGUCAACGGUGAGAAGGUUCCGGCUGUUGGUGGCAGGGCAGUCCCUCAGCUGAGCACGGUGGCCACGGCCACCAAGGGCCUGGUUGAGGGCACUCAGCACUGCGGCCCAGCCGGGGUGAAGCUGGGCAAGCACAACGGGCUCUCCGGAGAGUGGGCACUGGGAAAAGAGGGGGGCACGGGCUGGUCAGAACCCAGCCUGGGCAAUGCCACCAGCCUCCUGGAUGACGAUCAGAGGGAGUUUGAGGAACCUUCCAACAUCCUGUCCAACAUCGCAUCGGGAAUGGCUGAUGUCCAGAGGUUUAUGAUGGCCUCCAUCGAGCCCUUGUGGGGGCCUGUCAGCCACAACAGUGUUCCAGACAUAUUCCGGUCACCAGAGUCCAACAGUCUGAAACUGAAAACUCUUAAAAUUUUGGCAGGGACUUCCCAAGAGUCGAAGAAGAAGGCGAACGGUGGCUCGCCAGGGGCGGCGAAGAACCACAAGUCAAACAACAAGGGCUCAAGUAAAAACAGCAAAGCCGCAACCUGCGACCCCAGUCGCCCCAACUGCUCGACCGGGUUCACCACGGACAUUCACGCUCCCUUUUUUGAUAAAAACUAUAGUAACCUGAGCACUUUAGGCAAUAAUGGACCUACCCAUAAAAAACUCUACCGUCAUAAAUCCAGUUCGAAAUCACUGCGGGAUGAGAACUGUAAAAUCAAGCGGACGGACCGCGAACAGCCCCACAAGGACCCACCCGUGACAGCUGCUUUUGAGAAACUGAGGGAAUCAGACUCCAUUCUUCUUAAAGCAGAAACAACAUUUUUGGGUUUUCCUGUAUUUGAAGAAGAGACUCCCUUUUCUAGAAAGACGGUUGAUGUUUGGUUCUUUUCUUACCAUUUCUUUUUCAGUUGGGUUUGUUUUUUUUCCCGUCGGUUCCUUUUUGAAAUCUGCCUUGUGGUCUGUUGAAAUGUAAGUGCUGAAAUGAAGAGUUUGAAAUUGUGGGAAUUUUAUUCUUUGAAAGCAAACCUAAUCUGGUAUUCUCUGUGAAAGACUGUUUUAAAAGUCAUACUGUUGUACAGUAGUUUAUGCACUAUUACCCACAACAACAAAAAAUUGUGCCAAACUAUGAACAAGUGACUGUAUUGUAUAUAUUUUUACUUCUCUAUCAACAUUGGGUUGUGAGUGUUUUCUGCAGCUAUGCCUUUUGGUUUUACUAGAAACAUUCCAGUUGUUAAGUACUAACCACCCCCCUUUGAAAGCACCUGUAACUCACGAUGAAAACGAUCUUGUUCACUGAUACAACUUACCAAAAGUUUUAUGGACAUGACUAAAAGUGUGCCAAAUUUACUUACCUCAUUUCAUGGAUUCACCCUGUGGUUUAAAGCUCAUAAAGGGAAAAAAAAAAAAAAAAAAGGAAAAAAAUAAAAAAAAAGGGGGGGGGGAGGAAAAAGGAACUUUGAAACCGAUGCUGGGAAAUGGUAACAUCCUCUCUUUGAAACCACAAGCGGAUAAACUUAAUAGUGAAAUGUUGAGUUUAAUUCUAGGAGAGAGUUGCAAUGGUGGAGGAGUUCAGAAAACCACUGACGGUAAGUUUGCCAGGAACUCAAGUGUCUGCAUCUAGAGACUACAGAACAGCUGCUUUUCAAGUAUCUGUUUUCUUAAAGCAAAACCUGUAGCUGAAGAUCAUUUGAAAUGCAAAGUUACAUUGCUAAUUCUUUGUAUCUCAGUUUUAUAUAUUUUAUAAGAACCUGGGAUAAACUCUAAAAUAGGUAUAAAAACAGAACUAAUACAUUUCAUACAUUGAUUGCUAUUUACUUUUCCUUUGAGUAGUUUCUUAAACAUUUUCGAUGCAGAGCCUGUCAGAAGCGCUCUCCCAUCAUAGCUUUGGUGUUUCCUCAGUGUCUAACCUUGCGAUGCCAAUAUAGUUUGAACUUUCAAAAGCAAAGUAAUUCAUUUUAAAUACAACUCCUAACCUUUUCUUUGACUCAGUUCAUCAAAAAAAAAAAACAACGGAGCUAUUUGUGAUCUCACCAAUCAGGGCCAGAUCAUCCAUGACUGGACUUUAUUAAGACAGCGUUAAGUAUUGAAUGCUAAAUGUAUUCUCAAAAGGCCUUAUUUGUAACCCUACUCACCACACCCUCGCCCUCCAUGAGAAUAACGAACCCAACCAAUAUCUAUUUUCCUUGUGCAACUGAGAGCCUGUGAGUUUUGCUGCUGAUUUCUUACGAAAAACCUUGAUAUGCAAGAGCCCUGCGAACUGGGAGCGAUUGGGAGCAGAGGGAUGCGAGGCUUGGACAUGAUAUGCAAUAGAAAACUGAUGAGGAAGAGGAGCCUCAGUAAAGCAGUGGGACAGAUCAUGUUGCCGAUGUGGUUGCAAGCAGAGAUGGUGUCCCACGAGAGCAGGACUAGGCUCAGGUUUCCUUACUAGGAGGUUUGUUUCCGCCCACGUGCAAGGCAAAGCAGCAGAAUUGGUUGAAGUUAGUUUAGCAAAAAAACCAGAGCGAGCACUCGUAAUCAAAGUGGAGAUGCAGAGUGUUGUUUUGAAUCAAAAUGUUUCCAGCGCUUGCAGGUCUUGAGGUGUAGCUGAGGCUCAGCUCUGUGAUCCCAAAGAGAACAGCUCGGCAGUUGUGUUGCGCUUUAUUUAACAGAUGAAAGAAAGAACUCUGAAAAAAAUAGUAUUUAGAAGCCCCAUCCUUUAAGUUCAUUUUUGCUGGAAUAAAUGCUGGCUUUGCCUGGAGUGAGUUGCUCUGGAUGAGAGUGGUCCCUGGGUAUCUCACAGGGUGCAGUGUCCUACCCCAGCUCUGGCUUCAGGAGGGAGAUCCAGAAGAUGCUCAGGAUUUAUUUUGGAGACAAGAGCUGAGGUAGGGCUCCAUCCCUGGGUGCUGGGCUUGCCUGCAGCCAUCAUGCUCUCCCCACUUCCCCAGCAGCUCUUUUCUAUUCGUAGGCUCAUCAGAUACUACAAGCUCCAGCCACUGCUGUGGUGUUGGCACAUCCCUUUUUUUCAGCGUUCGUCCCACGUGCUGCAGGAUGAGGGGCUGGCAGCUCCCUUCUUUGAGAUGUUCUGGCUGCUGCUUUUAUGGAGACAGGUCAAGUCCAGGGCUGAGAUGUGGCACAGACCUUCUUUUUCACCCAAACCCACCAUUUGAAAGCACAUUUCACCUGGCCUGCACUAUGCUUGUUAUGCUUAAUGUUAUGAAUAUGGGACUUGUAAUAAAACACCUUGUACAGGACUGGAUAGCAAUAUUUAUUGCAUUUGAGAAGUGUGCAAUAGGGCAUGAAGAUCAGGCAUAAAACAUAUCGACUAUUUUAUAUUUCUCGGUGAUCCAUGAAAAACCAGCUCGGUGUUUAAGGACGAUGGUAGUCACAAAUACCAGCUGCCUUGUUGCUCUCUCUUUUAUUCCUGCCACCUGAUUUCACUGCCAUCUUUGGUGGUCAUCCCAUCUCCACCCCAAAAAUCUCUGUUAAACAGCCUGGGUCCCUCAUGGUGUGGCACUGGCCCUUCCCGGGGUUUGACGAAGUCAUCCUCUGCUACUUGACCUCAAAAUUUGGAAAUUGUCCUGAGCCAACCAUUUACCCUCUUCCCUUUUGAUCUUUGUGGGAUAUUUGGGUUGAAAGGGUCCUUUAAAGGUCAUUUAGUCCAACCCCCCUGUAAUGAACAGGGACAUCUUUGACUAGACCAGGUUCCUCAGAGCUCUGUGUGACUGACCUUGAAUGCUCCCAGGGCCAUCUCUGGCAGUCACAGCUUCUCUGGGCAACCUGUGCCAGUGUUUCACCACCUUCAUAAAAAAUUUCUUUCUCAGGUCCUUCUCGGCAGGGCUGCUCUCAAUCCCUUCAUCCCCCAGCCUGUGUGGAUCCCAGGGAUUGCCCCAUCCCCGCUGCAGCACCUCUUAUUUGGCCGUCUUGAACCUCGUGAGUUUCCCAUGGGCCCCCUUCUCGAGCUUGGUCAGGUUCCUCUGGUUGUCACUCUGUCCCUCAGGUGUGUCAACCACACUUGCUCAGCUUGGUGUCAUCUGCACACUUGCUGAACACUCGUUCCCACUGUCUGCAUCAUUGGUGAAGAUCCUGAACAGUACUGGUCCCAGUAUGGACCCCUGAGGGACACCACUGGUCACUAAUAUCCAUUGGACAUUGAGCUGUUGAGAUGUGAUCAUCCAACCAAUUCCUCAUCUUCUGAACAGUCCAUCCAUCAAACUCAUCUCUCUCCAGUUUAGAAAGAAGGGUGCUGUGGGAGACUGUUUAAAGGCCUUACAGAAGUCCAAAUAAAUGACAUCUGUAGCACUUCCCUUGUCCACUGAUGGAGUCACCCCUAUCAGAGAAGGCCACUGGGUUGGACAGGCAGGACUUGCCUGUGGUGAAGCUGUACAGGAUGUCCCAGAUCACCUCCUUGUCCUCCAGGAGCCUCUGGGAGGGUCUGUUCCAGGAUCCUCCCAGACACAGAGGUGAGGCUGACAGGUUGGUCGUUCCCAGGGUCCUACUUUUUAUACUUGCUCAGAAUGGGUGCGAUGUUUUGCUUUUCCCUUUCUCCACGACUUCACCUGUCAUGACUUUUUAGAUACCAUGGAGAGCUACUUGGCAGCUACAUCAGCCAGUUGCCUCGGGACUGUGGGAUGCACCUCAUCAGGUUCCAUAGACUUAUGUACGUUCAGGUUCCUCAGGUCAUCACAAACUUGAUCUUCUCUCACAAUGAGAGGGACUUUGCUCUUGCAGUCCCUGUCCUGUGGUUCAUCCACUCAAGGGUGGUGGAAAGAGAGGUUGCCUCAGCCUUCUCAUCUAUUGGUACCCGUUUGCCAGUCACGUUACACCUUCUUUGACCCUUCCUUUUCAGUCUGUAGAAGCCCUUCCUGUUAUUCUUUACAUCUCAUGCCAAGUUCAGCUCCAUCCGCACCUUGGCCUUCCACACCCCAUCCCUACACGACCUGGAAGCAUCCCAAUACUCUUCCCAGGAUACCUGUCCCUGCUCCCACUGCCUGUGCAUUUCCUCUUGCCCUUCAGUUGGGACCAGCAGGUCCUGACUCAGCCAUGCCAGUCUCUUGCCUUCCUUGCCCAAUUUCUUACACCUGGGGAUUGAGAGCCCUUGUGCUCUAUGGAAAACAUCCUGAAAGAUCUACCAGCUCUGUUCUGUUCCCUUGUCCCUGAGGGCAGUUUCCCAGGGGAUCCUAUUGACUAACUCCUCGAAGAGCUGGAAGUGUGUUUUCCUAGAAUUCAUCACCACCUGCCUAUCGCUACCUCAAGGUUUUCAUCACUCCCCACCUUUGCCUUGUCCCUUACUGUACAGGCUCUUAUUUUCCAUUUGCCUUUCUUGGUGCAUUUUUGUUUCUCGUGGCGCAGCUCACAGCUGGGGCAGGACUGGGAGGUGGGUCCCAUCCAUCCCUGCCCACCACCCCCACGCCCCAGGGCUCCCUGUGCCUGCCUGCACUGGCUCCCCUCUCAGCCCAUCCUCUUGCCUGCUCCCAGUGAAACUUCCAUCCUUCUCACACCUUCAAGUUGGGCUCCUGGCUGGGGCAACAAAGCCAAGCCACACAAAAGAUGUUUAUUCUGCAGCAUCUUUUCUACUUUAUCUCAUCCCACUUCUACUCCGAUGUGUCCCACCAAGCCUGGUGUGGGCAGUGCUGCUCUCCUGGGUUUGGGGGGCUUAAAAUUGGCAGUGACAUUAAAAAACAGAAACCAUCUGCUUCCAAAGCAUGGUCAUAAAGUCUGUCCAAGAGGAGAACAACACAGGGCAGCACAGCUUGAGCCCUUGGCUCUUGCCCACCUCGGAGCUGGAGCAGGAGCUGCCUGAGAGCAGGGGAAGGUGGUACUCCCCCCUGUCCCACGGGGUGUGGCUCUCCUGGGGUCUGGGAAAGGAUCCAUUCUCUGUGCGGGCAGAGAUGUCCUGCAGAACAAAACCCUGCAGCAGCUGAACAGGAGCCAGCCCACCCCACAGCCAUCAUUUGCUGGACACACUUGCAUAGAGAGGUUUUGUAAAUAGAAAAAUAUCACUGAUGGGGAUCCAAUAAAAACCUAUUGGGUUUUUAUUUUAAAAAAUAAUCUUACCAGGUUUACAUCUUGCUUUUCUUUUUCUAAGCAUAAGAGGGUGGAUGUUUUUGAAAAAUGUCUUGAGAAUAAUGACUUGCAGACCAGAGGUAGCCAGGCAUUUUGGGAGGAGGACAAGGAGGAGGAGGAGAAGGAGGGCAGGGGCAGCCACAGGGCUGUCCCAUCCACACUGUGCCAUCUGACUGCUCAGAAAGGAAAAGCCAGGGCUGGCUCAGCCUGGCCGUGGUUGCUUUGAGAAACCACUGUUGCUCUGUUUGCUCUUUUAAAAAGUCAGGAUUGCUGUUAAUUUUUUGGCAUUAUGGCUCAAAUGAACCAUGAACCAAAAUAAAGAUGUUUGAAGCAUCGUCAUCCUUUACCUGCUGGACCACAUUCUUUCCCUAAGCUCCCAGUCUAGCAAAGCACUUAGGUGGGAGCUUGCUCCCAGGGCUCCGGCUCCACAAGUGCUUUCCUGGAUGGCUGGUGAUGUCAAAUCCCAAGAAAAACUCCCUUGAAGUCAGUGUAGGUGAGAAGAGAUUCAGGUGCGUGGACUUCGGUUGGCGCAGGAUCAGGCCCUCGGUCUUUCCUCAACUCGAUGUGUUGGAUUUGCCUGUGCAGCUCCCAGGGGGCCCAGUGGAGGUUGCAGGUUCAAGCCGCUGACAUCUGUCUGAGAAUGUGCCUCUUUAGCUCUUCAGCGUGUGAAAUAAUGCAAAAAAAAAAAAAAAAGAAAAAUAUAUAAAAUAAACAAAGUACAAUGUCUGUGGUAGAAGCAAGGCUUUUCAAAUCUGUUUCUCAGGUAAACAAGUGACACUAAUGACAGUGGAGUAACAGCCAUCUAAGGGAAUUGGGAUGUGAAGCAGGAGGAUUCCCUCCAUCUCGCAGGAUGCUUGGGUUGCCAGACACGUUUACUGAGCCUUUAAACACUUGGUGCAAAAGGAAACAAGAAAUCAAAUUGGUCUUUUCACUACCCUUCGCUAGCUAGACAGACAGACGUCCACUUCAAAAGCACAAAGGGAAGACUUAAACCUAGACUAAACCACACACACACAAAAAAGAAACCAAGGUACCGGUGAAACUCCUUUUGUCUCUUACUCCCGGUGGGAAGCAGGGUAGAAAUCCAAGGAGCUGCUCUGUUCCGCUGCCCCGGCGCCGGCCAGGCGCCUCGACUGCUGCCUCCAGAGAUGUGAAUGUACUGCUCCUUGAGUCCCUUCCAUAGAACUAGAGGCACCUCGUUAGGAAGUUGCUCCUGUUUUAUGGUGCUAAAGAAAACUUUUAUCCCCCCCCUUGAGCAUUUAAGAACUAUCAAAUGGCCCUUUUUAUGAAUGUAACAUAUCCAUUUCUGUUCCACAUUUUACACUGCAAUUUUAACAUGUUUGGAAAUGAUUUGCCUUUUUUCUUUUAGAAUAAGCUUUAUAAAUAUUCUGUAGAGUCAAUUGAAGUAUAAUUCUUAAGGAUCACUCUAAGACGCCUACAAAAUCUUGUAUAUUUUUAAGUGUGCCAAUUUGUAAAAUAUUUUGUAAGUGUAUAUUUUUCUUAGAAAAGUGCUGUGAAGUGUUUGUAUGUGUGAGGUUUCCCUUUUUUUGCACCUUCGGGUGUUAAUAAAAGGAUGUAUACUUAAAAGUUUCUGGUUUUAAAAACCAAAAUACAAAGAAAAAAAUUAAACUUUUGUUGGGAAUUUUGUAAUAAAAAGAAAUGUUGUGAAAGAGUGUAGUGAUAUUGUGUAAAGGAAACUGGAAAAUUUGUGAGCGCUUUGCUGUUUUAUAGAUCCUCUUGUAAAUUAUUCUUGUAAUAUUUUGGGUUUUGUUGUUCUUGUUGCAAAGGUUUUAAAUAUUUGUGACUGACUCUGUAUGGUGAAAACGUCAUAUUGUUAACUUGCUGAGUUUUGUUAUAUUGUUUAUGGAAUAAAUAAAAAAAUUAAAAAUCUCAUUUUAA